AUGCAGUUUCUUUCCCAAAUGUCCAUUUUCAUGCGUAGCAUCGCUCCGCCCCAUUACAUUCCUUUUAAUAAAUAUUCUCUUCCUCUCUCCUCACUUCCUACUCUGAAUCUUCUCUCGAUCUCCCGUUUGCCGCUGCUUCACGCCUUAGCAGGGCCACAACUGCAUAUCUUCGACUGCUUUCGUUCAUGUCUCUUCCAUCUUCUUUGGCGCUUUUUCCCUCACCCAUACCCGUUCGACUCAUGCCAAAAAUUUAUAUGUCUUUAUUGUUUUAUCUAUCUAUCUAUCUAUCUAUCUAUCUAUCUAUCUAUCUAUCUAUCUAUCUAUCUAUCUAUCUCUCUCUCUCUCUCUCUAUAUAUAUAUAUAUAUAUAUAUAUAUAUAUAUAUAUAUACCAGCACAUAUAUAGAUUACAUCACCUUUCUAUUAUCUUUCUCAUUCUCAUUCUCUUUCUCUCUCUCUCUCUUUCUCUCUUUCUCUUUCUCUUUCUCUUUCUCUCUCUCUCUUGCCAACAUGAAUUUUCUUCCUUUUAUUUACCUACCUCAGUCUCUCCCCCUUAUUUAUUCAUUUUACGUUAUUUACUCUCUGUUUCCUUUUGUUACACUUUAACACGAUUGAUUAAUCUGUUCUUACUUGCUCUUUCUCCCUCCUUUUUGCCUAUCUAUCUAUCUAUCUAUCUAUCUAUCUAUCUAUCUAUCUAUCUAUCUAUCUAUCUAGGUUGUUCCUAUAUGUCUAUCUAUCUCCAUGAUUCACUAGCUUCGUACCAUCAUUUAUCUUGA